AUGUGCCUUAGAUCUUCAGAAUCAUUCCCAGACACACGCACACCCACGAUGAGAUCAGCUUCAUGCCACAACAAACGUAACGUUAAGACACAAACCCAUCUUCGUGUCCUUAAUCUCACCAGGAGGAGAAGAAUACUUAGGGAAAAGAAGGAGAUGGAGAUGAGAAACAUGAAGCUCUUCCUAAAGAAUCAAAGCAUCAUACGAGAGAACGAGGCUCUAAAGAAGAGAGCUCUUGUCCUCUACGAAGAAAACAAUGUUCUCUUCUCUCUGCUUCAUCCAGAACUCUCCCCUGUUCCAUCCUCCUUCCUUUAGUGAUCUUCUUGAUUACGGUUGUACUACUUGUCUUGUACCCUCGCCAGAGACCUACUUUUAUCUAUGCACUAAGUGUUAAUAAUACAUAUCAACGAUUAUAUUUCGCCAUUA